AUGAAUGAUGAUAAAAUUACAAGAGUUUGGACUGAUGGCAGUUUUUUUGAUCGUGGAAUAAAAAGAUCUGGUAUUGGAGUAUUUUUCAGUGAUAACGAUCCAAGAAAUUUAUCAGAACGGUUACAUGAAGAUCAUAACGAUAAUAAUCGAGCUGAAAUAUGUGCAGUUAUCCGAGCUCUUGAGAUAUGUGAAGAUAUAAAGAAUUUAGAAAUUAUUACAGAUAGUGGAUGGUAUUAUUCUUUAGAAUCAAAUUUAAGAAAGAAAUACGGAUAUGAAUCAGAAUAUAUUUUUUUUAAUGAAAAGAAAGUUUUUAAAAAAAUACGAGAAGAUGAAUAUGAAAUUGAAUAUCUUAAAGAAGGAGAAACUAUGGUAUUUUUAUCUUCUUGGAUAUUUGAUCCUCCUUUAAUAAUAAUGCAAGAUAAUAAAAUUAUUAUCAAUCAACAUUGUGAUUUAUUUUUCAACAUGAUAUGUUUUCAUCACUUUGAUGAUGAGAAAUCUUAUGAAUAUUGGAAAAAGAUAACAGAAGUUUUUAUUAAAGAUUGUGAAGAAAAAUAA